AUGGCUCAGGGAAAACCGUUUGGCAACUUGCCAUCAGGCGCUACCUCGAACGUCAAGCCAUAUGAGCUACAUAUACCAGAGGCAGAUGUACAGAACAUGAAGAACCUUCUGAAGCUCUGUCGACUUGCAGGACCGGUCUACGAGAACUCCAUGCCAGGCGGCAAAAGAACUCUUGGCGUACGACGAGACUGGCUGGCAGACGCAAAGCAAACUUGGGAGACGGACUUUGACUGGCGAGCGAGUGAGAGCCACAUGAAUUCCUUCCCAAACUUCAAAGCGCCAGUCGAAGAUAAGACUGGCACGUUCGAGAUCCACUUCCUCGCACUUAUCUCCAGUCGAGUGGACGCCAUUCCAGUGAUCUUACUACACGGAUGGCCCGGUUCGUUCCUUGAAUUUCUGCCUAUGCUACAGCUCUUCAAGGAGAAGUAUACACCCGAGACGCUUCCAUAUCAUUUGGUCGUGCCCAGUAUUCCAGGCUUCACAUUAUCUGCCAUGCCUCUUCUUGAUCGAGAUAUCAGCCAGGGAGAUGCUGCAAGGAUUCUCAAUAAGCUGAUGGUCAACUUGGGCUUCGGCUCAGGCUAUGUCGCCCAGGGCGGUGACAUCGGGUCCAAGGUGGCAAGAAUUUUGGCUGUCAAUCACAAGGAGGCGAAAGGCAAGUAUCACCAACUGUGCAUCAAACUGACGGAACGAUUCACAGUUAAUUUCUGUCCGAUGGGUCGACCAGCGUCAGCUACAGACGACUCAAUACUCUCCGAAGUCGAGAAGAAGGGGCUUGAGCGAGGUAAUACUUGGAAAGCCGGUGGGAACGCUUACGCUCUGGAGCAAGCAACUCGACCCAGCACGAUCGGUUUUGUGUUGAGCAGUAAUCCCUUAGCGCUUCUUGCUUGGAUUGGGGAGAAAUACUUGGAAUGGACAGAUGAUCCGAAGCCCUCCCUGACCUCUAUUCUCGAAUCGUGCAGCCUCUACUGGCUCACUGGAUGUGCGCACAGCAACUUGUGGUCAUACCGCCAUUCUUUUGGCCCUGGCCAACUCAUGGCCCAGGACGACCCCAGAUAUUACAUUGACAAACCGUUUGGCUUCUCAUACUACCCGAAGGAAACUGCACCAACGCCAAUAUCAUGGGUUGCGACGACUGGUCGUCUAGUCUGGAGUAAGGCUCAUGAUAAAGGAGGGCACUUUGCAGCGCUAGAGCGACCGAGUGAAUUUGUGAACGAUCUUGAGGCCUUCAUUGGGCAGGUCUGGAGCAGAAAGUAG